AUGAGUGCUGAACCAAUCCGAGUGGUUCCAGUAUUUCUUCAAAGGUUUGCCGACGUGCUGGCGUACGAGGAAUAUUCAUUCCUGAAAGAUAUUCAGCCGAAUCGGAUUGACUCGCUCGUCCAAAAUCUCCAACAACAAGGAGGAGUGCUGGCAACACAGGAACGGGUAGUCACACAGAAGGAGGAGGCAAAGGAGAAGGAGGUGGAGAUGACGGUAGAGGUGGAGGAGGACUGGAAGGCGGAGGAGGAGGAGAAGGAGAAAGCAGCGGAGGAGAUGAAGGAGAAGGAG